AUGAAUACAACUAUGAUCAUAUUUGUAAUCUCUUUGCCACAUGCAAUAACUAAAGAAAGAAGGAUGUUAUUAGAAUAUUACUAUGAUAUUCCACUUAUAUAUAGCAAUUGUAUCAUUUCUUAACAAAAGGAAGUAGAGCUAGAUGAAGGUAAACAAGUUAGUUAGAAAAGAAGAAAGACCAUUAUAGAAUUGGAGGAAGAUCAAAAACAAUAGAUCUAAUUAUCGCCUGGAGAUAACCUUGGUCUAAAACAUAUCAUAAGAACAAAUCUAUAUGAAAAAUUCAUAUCAUGUAAGAUACUAACCUUAAAACAAUCUAAUUUAGAAGGAUAGUUGUUUUAUUUAGAUCGUGAUAAGUAUAUAAGAGUACUAUUGAAUAAUAGAAUUUAAACUUCAUCUUAAAAUAAUGGGGCAGAGCAAAGUCUAUAAAAAAUAGUCAAACGCAAGCAAGAUAGAAAUACCUUAGAUUGA